AGUGAAGUCACUGGACUCAACAUUCACUGAACAUUCAACCUUGUACUUAUGUUAGUGCUGGCGUGAACAUUUUGUAUUUGUAUGAUGUGAACUCCUGUCCUUAUUGGCUUAUUUCUGUCUAGAGUGCAUGUUCCAGAAGAGUUGGAAAACCCCCUCAUACAGUAGCGCCAGGACCGGGGAACAAGCAGGAGGAAAAGUAUUACGGGGAUCAGAAGUGAGGGGACAAUGCGAGUCCACGUGCACACCAAGUUCUGUUUCCUGUGUGUGCUCACCUUCCUCUUCCAUCAGUGCAACCACUGCCAUGGAGAAGGACACAGCCAUCAGCAUAGUGGACAUCGCCAUGCUGACCACAACCACGCCCACAGCGACCUGCAGAUUUCUGAAGCUCCAUAUGUGAGAGGAGCCACUGAGUCACCGGAGUCCAAGGGUCUGCAAGGGGAUGCUCUAGAGGAGGAGCAGCGAUUCUACAUCCAGCAGCUGUUCAGGCGCUAUGGCCAGAAGGACAGGCUAGAUUUCCAGGGAUUUCAGAGUCUGCUGUUUAGCUUGGGUCUGGGUGAAGUGAAGGUAGUAGGUGUGGAUCAUGAGGAUCUGGGCCAUGACCAUGUAGCCCACCUCGACUUGCUGGAUGUGCAGGAGGGGCUUCACUCGCAUUCAUCCACCACUGAAGGCCAAGAUCAGGGUCAUGGGCACGGGCAUGGUCAUCAACACGACAAGCCUGGCUCCAACCAUCCACACACAGAACAAGUUCCCAAACAGUGCAACCAGCAGACUACUGCUCAAAGUCCAGCUGCUGUUGCACCUACAGGACAUGACCAUAAUCAUGAUCAUGAUCAUGACCACAAUCAUGGACAUGAUGCAGAACACAAUUAUGAUAACACCAAGGUAAAGGAUAGUGACCAUAAACAUUCUGAUGGACAUGUGCAGGACACACAAGAUCAUGAUCAUGAACAUGACCAUGAUCACGCACAUGACAAAGAGCACAAACAUGAGCAGGCACAGGCGCAGCCUAACCACAAGGACCUUACUUCUCAUCCUCACAGUGACCACGACCACCGUGAUCAUGACCAUGGUGAUCAUGAACAUGACCACGAUCAUGUUCGUCAAAUACAGACCGGCACAGACAUUCCUUUCAUUAACCAGAAACAGGUGCCCUCUGCCCACUUGGAGCCGUCCCAAGUCCCUCAGGAGUUAAAAUCCUCUCCUGCCCCGACAGAGAGCCGGACCAAGGAGCCCAGAAAGUCAGCACGAGUCAGAGGACAGCAAGGGCGAAACAAAACCCCUUCUCUUGUCAGACCUCCAUCUGAUGACCAUGACCAUGAACAUGAACACACACAUGGUCACAGUCAUUCUCAUAAAGAUAAGAGAGAAGCACCAGGAGGGCCUGCAAGCCCCAUUUUGCCAGUCCCUGUCCUGUCCAGGCAUCCAGGUGGAUUGUCACAUCAGCAUGAGGAGUGUUUGAACCUGACUCAGCUCCUCACCUACUAUGGCCUGAGUCCCGAAUCACUCAUCUCCCCCAGCCAGUUCACCUACCUGUGUCCUGCCCUGCUCUACCAGAUAGAUAGUCGCGUAUGCAUCCGCCAUUACCACCAGAUGGAUGUUAAGCAGGAAUCCUUGGAGCCCAUCAGUUCCGUGUGGGUCUGGGUCUGGGGCUUUGUGUCCAUCACCAUCAUCAGCCUGCUGUCUCUGCUGGGCGUGGUACUCGUGCCCAUUCUCAACCAAUCCUGCUUCAAGUUCCUGCUCACCUUUCUGGUGGCGCUGGCAGUGGGCACGCUCAGUGGCGACGCUCUCCUUCACCUGCUGCCUCAUUCUCAAGGGCAGCACGAUCACAGCGAGUCUGGAACAAGCCACGACGCUGAUCUGGUAACAGCCUUUGAUGGAGUGUGGAAGGGGCUAACAGCGCUGGCUGGCAUCUACCUCCUCUUCAUCAUCGAACACUGUAUCGUCAUGUUUAAGCACUACAAAGACCAGGGGGGCAUGAAAAAGGUGAGUGAGGAGGGCAAGAUUGGCAGGAAGUUGUCAGAUCACAAGUUAAAUCGGCGAUCAGAUGCGGAGUGGCUACACCUGAAGCCACUCAGUGAGGACCCUGACAGCACGGCCAUCUCCUGUGACAACGGUCACAACGACACACAGCUCACAGAGCUCCAGACACCUGACUCUCCCACCAACAAGACGCCGCUGGCACCCACAAACCCCCAACAGGACCACCACUCUCCCACCAAGGAGAACGGACGCAAGGGCAAGCAACACAGUCACAGUCACGGACACGGACACAGACAAUCGCACGGCCACGGGCACUCUCAUGGUGGAAACUGCCACUCGGACCAGGAGAUGAAGGACGCUGGUAUUGCCAGCAUCGCCUGGAUGGUCAUAAUGGGUGAUGGCAUGCAUAACUUCAGCGACGGCCUGGCUAUAGGUGCAGCAUUUAGUGCAAACCUGACAGGAGGCAUCAGCACAUCAGUGGCUGUUUUCUGCCAUGAAUUACCUCAUGAACUUGGUGACUUUGCGGUGCUGCUGAAAGCCGGGAUGACAGUGAAGCAGGCCAUUGUCUACAAUCUGCUGUCCGCCCUCAUGGCCUACGUUGGCAUGCUGAUUGGCACCGUUGUGGGCCAGUACACACACAAUGUCACCAACUGGAUCUUCGCCAUCACAGCUGGCAUGUUCCUUUAUGUGGCUCUGGUGGAUAUGCUGCCAGAAAUGCUUCAUGGGGACAGCGAGGACCACAAGCGCUGCCAGCUGGGACACUUUAUCCUGCAGAACCUGGGCAUGCUGACCGGGUUCGGCAUCAUGCUGCUCAUUGCCAUCUUCGAAGACCGCAUCGUUUUCGAUUUUGGGUUUUAGUAGAGGAGAGAGGGAGGCGAGAGCCGGAUGUUUCAGUAUUGUUCUUCUUGGCCUUAACAUGCUAUGUUCGCAAUGUAACCGCCCCGUCUUGCAUGCUAUGUGAGUUUCUUUCAUGCCCGUGCCUCCAUUCCAAACACGCAGUGGUAGUUUACGCAUAUCUCAUGACUCUGCUAGUGAUGUUUACACUCCGCUCCGCCGCCACCUCUCCUCUGUCAGUUCCAAUCUGUCGGCUCCCUGUGCAGCGCAAAAAAAGGCCGAAUGAAGGAAGAGCGAGGCUGCUCUCCUACCAGAAAACAGUAACUCCGCUCUGAACCAGUUAACUCCAUCUAAAAAAAGAGUAUUAGAUAGUAAGGUGGUGCAGGAGCCGUGUUCCUGCAGAGACGCAGCUGUCACGGCCCAGCAGCUCACCACCUGCCCAUCAUCGCUUGUUGGUCGCGUGUUGUCGUCGUCCCCCUCCUACGUCCCCAUCUCUUAUCCACCCUGUGCUGUGUCCCAUCAUCCCUGCCUCGUGCAUCUGUGGUGUGUGUCCCACCCGCCAUCCAUCAGCAACUUUUGAUGUCAUCGCGCUGUGUAUCAAACAUGUCGUGUCUCUGUGUGCCGAGCCCUGGCCACUGGAGCAGCACCACAGCUACACUGCACACCCUCACAGUGUCCUUAAAGAGACGCAGAGCUCAGUUCCGCUCGCUCCUACAUCUGGAAUAAACCCUGUAGCUCGUGUUGCUUCACCUGCAAACUGUUUCCACAGCUUUUAAGGUGCAGUGUCAAAAUAGAAGUGUUUCCCUGACUGUAUGUCGGAGAUUACCUAAAUGCCUCAGUGUUACUUUUUUGCUGCAGCUUUCUCCAUCUUUUACUUUUGACUUAUUUUUAAUUGUCUAAUUAGAUUUCUUGGGAUUAUUAAACCUUUGUAGUUCAUAGUAAUAACUAACAAAGCUGCCAAGGCCUUUAAGAAUUAGCAUUUACAGUAAUCAAAGGUUUUUUUUUCCCAUUUAGAAACUAGAUGUCAACAAUGUCUGACCAGUUUUUUUUAAGGGUUUGACAAUCUGUAGCCAAUUGAGACAUAUCCCUGUUAGGCCUUUAUAUUUUAUCUCUCUUUAUAAGAAUCAGCAGCUUCAAAAUAUGAAGUAGUAGUUAUUCUUGUCUUCAUCAGAAAGUCUUUAGUUUACUAGAUUUACUUAGGGUGCCUCUUUGAGUUCCUGAAGGUGCUUUAUCUGAUCGGACCACCCUGCAUUGGACAUUUCAUUACAGUAGGACGUUGAGUUGUCACACUAAUGCAGAUUUCUUGAUGUAUGGAAAUACACGAGGUCUGUAAAGUGUCAGUAGCUGAGCAGCUAAAAGCAAAAGUUUGUUCCUGCUCAUAGUUUUGAAAGUUCUUCUGUCAAAGAAUCAUUGAACUUCCUGACAAUCGGAGACAGAACAAGCAGAAGACAGUACUCUUGUAUGACAGCCAAACAGUACGCCGUGUGCUUUCCGAUGAGCAUUCCCUGCACUUGUAACGGAGGAUUAACCCAGGUUGUCAAACCGCAGGACAAAGGAUUUACAAGCAUUUCUCAUGAAUGUUUGGGCUUGAACGUUGUAGUCAAUCUGGCCACCGUGCCAAAGCUGGCCCGAAGUGUGGAAUUUCAGUGGCUGGUGCUUGACACGGCCCCUCCCCCCGCCCCACCCCGACAUUCCAUUGGCUGUUCUGCAGCUCGCAUGCUAAGCUAGCUAUCCUAGCUUCAGCUGCCCGAGCACACCGAUAAUGUGUGUGGCUUCAUUUAACCUGUCACUGUGUGACAUCCAUCAUCUGUGUCUUAACUGACUGUGAAUCAUCGUCAGUCACAUUGAACUCAUGUUCGCGCUCUGACUGAAUCAUGCAUGAAGCAUGAGCAAAACGGUGCAGACAUUGUGUUGAGUGUAAAAUUGUUUUCAUUCUUUGUACUGCAAAGUUAAAAUAUUGACAACCUUUGUUACUUUUUAAAUUAAGUGUGUGUGAAGAUCAUGAGAACUUCUUUGGGGUGUAGUGUAACUGGUGUCACAAGCCUUUUUUGUUGGCUAAAAGCAAAUAUGCAGGUGGCAGAAUAUACAGUAACUCAUCAUCUGUAUCUUCCAUAUAUUUUACAGGCAUUUUAUUAGUUUAGCCUGUGUUCAUAUUCAAAUUUAGUGGAAAAAGAAUUGUCAAACGGGCCCUGAAUGCAGUUUCAUUCUGUUCUAACAUCAAAUAGGCACUUCACUUGCUGUCACAUUGUUCACUGAUUUCUGACAAUAUUCAUUUUGAAACUGGGGGGUGCUUUGUUUGAACCAGUGGUUUUUCCCGAGUUACUUAGUAGAAUUUAAAUGUAAACUGUCCCGUCACAUAUUUGAUAAGUUAGUGACACUUGAGACUCUUUGCCCCAAAGACAAAGUGUCUUCAACGUUUAUUGGGCAACAAACUGUCAGUAAAAUGAAAGUCUAUGAUUGUUCUCAUUUUGCUUUGUUGUAUGUAUAUUUGUUUAGUAAUCAGGACAUAAAAUGUAAAAUGUGACAUCCGUGCUUUUUGCCUGUCUGUGCAUUCUCCCCAUUACUAAAAGAAAAUAAAAUCCGAAAAGAUCCCUGAAACUGAUCUCCGACGGUUUUGAUAUAAUGUUAGAGAGACAACUGCAAAUCCACAACAGCGUAACGCACCUGUCAGUAACGCCGCUCUGCCUCCGCUCGCUUCCUGCUUCAGUUUGCAUUCCCAGAUGAGCAGGUUAGGCAACGCUGAUUCUUAAACAUAUGCCAAAGCAUGGAGCAUACAGUUAGGAACCACAUGUGGAAGGUGCAGCCCAGACACUGCAGUGCCCUGGCUGCUGUAAGAGCUGUCCUAGCUUGCUGGCCGUGCAUAGUGAAGCUCUCAGCAUGGUCUGAAUGUAUCUCUGCAAUCAGCAAUCAAGUUGAUCUGAAAGGUAAAAGGUACAACGUG